GCCACUCUGGUCCCGGGUCCCGAGUUUAAAUCGCCCCGCGGAUAUCACCGAAGCCCUCGCUACACGCAACAAGCACACGUUCUGGAUACCGCAUUCUUACGGCGCGUUCUUUAAGAAAAUCGCUGUUACACCGUGCGGCGCCCGACACCGCUGAUGUCGUACGCUCAUCGCUAUUCGACAGUCGGCGGUUUGUUUCCGGAACCUCCGCCAAUGCGACUGGGCGGAACGUAAAAAAAAUAAACCCGGACGGCACGGGAAACAAUCGGCCCCGUGGAAGCACGCACGUGGGUGGCGCGUGGUUUGGUGGGGGGGCUUCUUUAAAGUUUCGAGUUUAUACCUCGCGGCGAUGAUGAUGAUGAUGACGGUGGCGUCGAUUCAGUGAGAAUCACACUGCGCCUGUGUCUCCAGGACGUCCACGGAUUUAUCCUUCGUGCUCCGUGGCUGUGGGUGGCGUGCCGGGUGGCAGCAGCAGCAGCGUUGGCAGCAUGGGCCGGUUAAAGCGAAGACACAACUGGCGUGGCCGCCUCCAGCCAUCCUCGCAGAGCCUCACGCCCUCCAAGAAGGCGGCAGCCAAGGAGAUCAUUCUCGAAGGCGAUGUCCUGCGACAGAAGGGGGUGGACAGCAGCAAUCCGCUGGUUCUCCCAUCCACCCCGGCGGUUCCUCGCGCUGCUCCUCAGCUGCCGCGCAACCGCCCCAAGCGCCCACUCAGCCGCAAACAGCGGAAACUCCUUGAGAAAGUUCUCGAGCAGAAGCAGAAGAAACUUCAGCGGUCGGAGCUGUUGGAGCGACUGGCCGAGUGCCAGGCCUCGCAGGAUGUAAUGAGGCAGCUGCAGUCAACGUCGCAGAUUGGAUCGCAUAUCCCUGCACACCAGCACAGGCACAAGGAGGCUGCUGAUGGGGAUUUGCUGGCGUCCAAAUUAAAUGCGAUUAGAGGCGGAGUCGGCAAGAGGAAGCGAAAGUGUGGCGGCGACGACGAUGAAGACAGCGAGGAGGACGAGGUCGCCCAGACGGACACGACGGCCUCGGAGGAGUCGGACGAGAGCUCCGCGUCGGACAACGAGGGCGACGUCGCGCAGCGGCACGGUUUUAAGGAGGAGGGCGUGGCGACGGGCGAGGCGAUGGGCGGGCCGCGCGCAGACGGCACGGCGGACGGGGAACCUGCAACCUCCAUUGAGCCGGGGAAGAAGGCCCCCGAGCUCACGAAGGCGGGAGAGGGAAAAGCCGCUGCGGAGAGUGGCGGUGCGGGAGUGGGGCUGCCGCGUGGACUCCCCAAACAAGCUGCCGUGUUUGUUCACGUGAACCGCCGGGCCAAGGUGCAGGAGGCACGGCUGGCGUUGCCGAUCCUGGGAGAGGAGCAGGCCAUCAUGGAGGCAAUUGGAGAAAGUCCGGUGACUGUGGUGUGUGGAGAAACGGGCAGUGGCAAGAGCACGCAGCUGCCUCAGUUCCUGUACGAGGCCGGAUACGCGAGGACGGGGCUGAUCGGUGUGACGGAGCCUCGCCGUGUCGCCGCUGUUUCACUGUCUCACCGCGUUGCUCACGAGAUGAAUCUGCCAAGCAGGAUUGUGUCUUACCAAGUGCGCUACGAUGGGAACGUGAUGCCCGAAACAAAAAUAAAAUUCAUGACGGACGGUGUCUUACUACGGGAAGUGCAGAAGGACUUUGUGCUGUCGCGCUACAGCGCACUGAUCAUCGACGAGGCCCACGAGCGCAGCGUGCACACAGACGUGCUCAUCGGGCUGCUCUCGCGCAUCGUGCCCCUGCGCCACAAGCGAGGCUCCCCUCUCAAGCUGGUCGUCAUGUCGGCCACUCUUCGCGUUGAGGACUUCACGGAAAACCUGCGUCUCUUCCCCUCCCCUCCACCCGUGAUUAAGGUGGACGCUCGGCAGUUCCCGGUGACGGUGCACUUCAACAAGCACACGCCGCCGGACGACUACGUGGGCGAGGCGUUCCGCAAGGUCAGCAAGAUCCACCGCCUGCUGCCGCCGGGCGGCUUGCUCGUGUUCGUCACGGGCCAGGCGGAGGUGCAGGCACUGUGCAGCCGUCUCCGCACGGCCUUCCCCCGCCGGACCGGCGCGCAGGCCGCACAAGCAGGGGAGGAUAAGGGUGAGGAUCCAGAAGCUUCUGAGGAGGUGAACGUCAAGAAAUCCAGAAGCGCCGUCAAGUUGCCACGCAUCGACCUGGAUCAGUAUUCCGUCUUGCCUAUGGAAAAUGAAGAUGAUAGCGGUGGUGAAGACGAGGUGGAAAAGGCGGAUGAGGAAGGAGAUGACUUGGAUUUGUACUCGGAGGAUGAUGAAAUAUCUCAACAAGAUCCGAGCCCCAGCUGCGCGGAACCCCUCUACGUGCUGCCCCUCUACUCGCUGCUGGCGGCGGAGCAGCAGGCCAAGGUGUUCUGCCCUCCACCCGCCGGCUCCCGCCUCUGCGUCGUCGCCACCAACGUCGCGGAGACGUCGCUCACGCUGCCGGACGUGCGCUACGUCGUCGACACGGGCCGCGUCAAGCGCCGCCACCACGACGUCGUCACCGGCGUCAGCUCAUUCCGCGUCGCCUGGGUCUCGCAGGCCUCGGCCAACCAGCGGGCCGGACGCGCGGGCCGCACGCAGGCCGGCCACUGCUACAGGCUCUACAGCUCGGCGGUCUUCUCUGACCUGGAGGUGUUCUCUCCGCCCGAAAUCACCACACGGCCCGUGGAAGACCUGGUGCUGCAGAUGAAGGCGCUCAACAUUGACCGGGUGACGAAUUUCCCGUUCCCAACUCCUCCGGAUCCCAGCGUGCUGCUCGCUGCGGAGGAGUCUCUCCGGCUGCUGGGAGCUCUGGAGGAGUCGACAACUCGAUCUCUUAAAGAUGGCGGCAGCUUGGGUUUCCGCGGGGUGACGCACAAGCGCAUCACCCCGCUCGGCCGCGUCAUGGCCACUCUGCCCGUGGCGCCGCGCUUCGCCAAGCUGCUGGCGCUGUCCCCGCAGCACGGCCUCGCGGAGUACGCCAUCACGCUGGUGGCGGGGCUCACCGUCCGCGAGAUGUUCGUCACGAGGGAGGCCGAUGCGGAGGGUGGCGCGCGCCCCUGCUCCGCCCACACGCGCCGCGUGUGGGCCGGCCACGGGCAGUCCCUGCAACUCGGGGAUCUCAUGGUGAUGCUGAGUGCGGUUGGUGCGUGCGAGUUCGCAGGCUGCACACCCGAGUUCUGUGCAGAACACGGCCUUCGCCUCAAGGCAAUGCGAGAGAUCAGACGCCUAAGAGGGCAGCUCACCAAUUCCGUGAACUCGGUGUGCCCGGGGACGAACGCGGUGAUGGACCCUCGCAUGCGGCCGCCCACCGAGGCGCAGGUGAAGACGCUGCGGCAGCUCGUGCUCGCCGCGUCCGGGGAGCGCCUGGCACGCAGGGCCCCGAGCGCGGCACAGGCGGGCGGAGGAGAGGGCAAGGGCAGACACGCGUACAGGACCGCGUACCUGGAGGACUCGGUUUACAUCCACCCUAGCUCGGUGCUCUGCAAGAAACUGCCGGAGUACGUGGUGUACCAGGAGCUGCUGGAGACAUCUCGCAUGUACAUGAACGGGGUGACGGCGGUGGAACUCGAGUGGAUCCCGGUGCAGCUGCCCCAGAUGUGCUGCUACGGCGAGCCCCUGGCGGAGCCUCCGGCACGGAUGAGCGAGGGGAGAGUUCGCUGCCACCGCUCCAGCACCCUCGCACGGCUGGGCUGGGAUUUGCCUCCAGUGGAGGUGGACUAUCCCGCUGGGUUGAUGCGCUACAAACUGUUUGCCCAGUUUCUGCUGGGUGGCCAGGUGGUACCAAAACUGGCUGAGUUCACCCCACUGCUUCUCUCUCCUCCCACCACCAUGUGCAAGACUUGGGCCAAUUUACAGCCUCGCACACAGGCCCUGCUGCAGGCGUUGGUGGCAGAGAAGGUCGACUGUCGCGACGUUCUGCUCUCCGUGUGGCAGCGCUCGCCCAAGUUCCUGCAGGCUGAGUACUGUCAGUGGCUUCCCGAGAGCCAGCAGAACGGGCUAGCUCUGUGCUGGCCACCGCUGUGAGAGGCAACGUGCUGCUCCUCCUGCCAAAGCUCAAUCAACACAACGGAGGUGGAGGAAGAGGAUAUCACCAAACUGACCUGUCCGAGGUCACCGUAAAGGCAGUACAUUACCAUGCCGUGUCAUGCCGAUUGAUGACGAUUAUGGAUUUGGCGGCCCCCACAGCUUAGCUGUUAGCCCCCUUGCAGUCCAAGCGUUUGUUCAAUGGCUGUCCAUAGCUGGCUUCGACAUGCUGAUGAGUAAGGCUGUGAUUUUAUUACGGAGGUCACGGAUGUCGUGAAUUUUAAUUAGGUCCCUAAAAUGUUGGGAAUGGCUGCAGAAACGCGUGAGACGCUUCCGUCAUUUCCUGAAAGACCUCUGCGCGCUGAAAGACACUAUGUCCUCUAUGCGCUGAAAUUACAGCGCACGACGGACGCUUAUUUUAAGUUUUUCAACGAAAAAACAAUUAUACUCUUUUAAUUUAAAGUGUUUUUUUUUUAAUAUAUAGAUUUCAUUGUUAUCGCACGCGCGUCUUGCCGAGACCAGACUGGCGCUCCGUCGGCGGCGUGGAGCGGCGGUGAGUCCGGGCCAGGAGCCGCUCAUCCACGACGCCUGUGACCACAGGGCGGGUUGUGGUCACGUUGCCCCCCCCCCACCCCCCCUCCGCCCCCCCCCACCCCCACCCCCCACCGGCCGGCGCGCGGAGGUCGGCCGCACGCGUUCCUGGUGGUAGGGAAACCAGCAGAGCAGGGGCCCGUUUUGUAGACGAACAUGGCCCGCACUUGGCUGCAGGCGCCAGCUGUUGCAUUAUUCGGCCGGUUUGGCGAUGUCGGCAUUUGGGACGUUUCCAAGUUUUGAGAAUGUGCGCGUCCGUGUGCCGCAACAGACGUCAUUGGCGUGGGUGGGGGUGGCGAAUCGUUACCUAUGUAGAGGUCUCGGAGGCAGCGCGAGCACGGAGCCCUGCGGUAGGCCGUUGCCUUGACGUUGCCUUGCCGUUUCCACGCGCUCACUUCGCCGUCCCCCGCGACGUGCACCCUGAACCGUGCGCCUCGGAAGUAGCAGUUCAUUGGUGUCGGCUGCCCGCUUUGGUAAGACUCGGGGCGUUCUGACCGGACGGCCACUGCGUCAGACUGUGUUGUAGGCAGGCGGCAGUCAGCAGUCCGGUCUGGAAGUACCGCUGCUGUUCGCAGGUGUUUCUGGAAGCUGCUCUCGAGUAACAGUGCCAGGAUGUGGUCGCAGGUGCUAGGUGCUCGUCGGUAAAUCCGGCCUGCUUGGCAUGGAAAUGCUCUCCACUUCUGGGGAUAUGCGCUGGACAAUUUAGAGUUUAGGUGGUACACCGCUGCACCUUAUUCCAUAACAUUUUCCAUAAAUUGUUUUUCCCACACCUCAAGCCAUGAUUACCGUGACUAAAUAUUUGCCUUACUGAUGAGCCCAAAUGAGCAUGAAAUGUACCCAUACCUUCUGCAAGGCCAGUCAGUGGAAAGAUUCGGUGACAAUUACAGUAUUAUACAUUUUACUUGUAUACGGUAUUUUUUAAAAUGUUUAAAUCCAAGUGAGUAAUUCGAUAAGCUGUGUACUGAGAUGACAAGAUAUUUGAAAAAGAACAGGGGCAGCCCUGUAAUGGCUUGCUCACGUUAUUGGUGGAAGGGCAUCCAUUAGAGGGAGCUAUGGAGGGCCCCUUUAGAUUAUUGUUUUGGGCUCUUCCACACUGGCCUAACACCUUGAAAGAUGCAGCAGUCCCCACACUUUACCCCACCAGACGUGAUCUGCCGAUUCGCUGUGGUGCACGCGUUUGAACUUCUCCGAGGAUAGAGGCGAGCGGGGGGGGGGGGGAUUUUAGAAACUCGCCAAACGUUUCAACUGCUGCACCAGUAUGUGAACACUGCCCACGUGCGGUGACUACGUACGAUUGCUAUCGCUGUCCUUCAGCAAGUCCAUGCCUGUGGAUAUGCCGAUAGGAUAGAAAUAAAAUAAGUUCUGUGUUGUCCCUAUCUGGUUUGAUUGUAAAUGCAAUCUUUUUAUGGGACGAGUGAGAGUUGGUUGGGCCUGGUAAGACACCGGUAAUUAAUAGUUGAGUGAACCUUAAUGUAGAUUUGUGUAUGGUCAAGCAAUGUAAAAUUUAAUAGCGAUGGUUUAGUUCCACCAGUUCUAGACAAAAAAACAAUAAAAGUUUACCUAUCUCUCUUUU